UGUCAAAAAAUGACAAACAAUUAGAAAAUUUCUUGGUCGAUAAAUUAGUCAUUUUGUUUUUGAUUAUACGAUUUUUUUCUUUUAAUGAGUGUGUAUUGAAGUAACUAAACCCUCUAAAACGUAAUUUAGUUGAUCAAUAAGUUUGUUAGUAUGGGGGCCGUACUGGGACUAUGUUCCGCAGCUCAGCUGGCAUGCUGCUGCGGCAGUGCUGCUUGCUCCCUGUGCUGCUCGGCGUGCCCCUCGUGCGCCAACUCCACCUCCACGCGCCUCAUGUACACCCUCAUGAUGCUCCUGGUGAUGGUUGUAGCCUGCAUCACUCUUGCGCCAGGGCUACAUGACCAAAUGAAAAAAGUACCAUUUUGUGCAAAUUCAACGGGAUUAGUGCCAGGCAAUUUUAAAGUUGAUUGUGACCAGGCUGUUGGCUAUUUAGCGGUUUACAGAAUUUGUUUUGCAACAUGUCUCUUUUUCUGUCUCAUGGCAUUGAUUAUGAUUGGUGUCAAAUCUUCUAAGGAUCCCAGAGCCGGCAUACAAAAUGGGUUCUGGGGGAUCAAGUACCUUGUUGUGAUUGGUGGCAUCAUUGGCGCUUUCUUCAUACCAGAGGGGUCAUUUGCUUCUACUUGGAUGGUGUUUGGCAUGAUUGGCGGCUUUUGCUUCAUUGUCAUACAGCUCAUAUUGAUCAUUGACUUUGCCCAUACAUGGGCGGAAAGAUGGGUUUCAAAUUAUGAAGAGACACAAUCAAAAGGCUGGUACUCGGCGCUGUUAUUGGCUAUGUUGUCAUGCUAUGCGCUUACAAUUACUGGCAUUGUAUUGCUUUACGUCUAUUAUACUAAGCCCGACGGAUGUGACCUGUCCAAGUUCUUCAUCUCGUUCAACCUGAUCCUCGUGGUGGGCGCGAGCGCGAUCUCCAUCCUGCCGUCGGUGCAGGAGCACCAGCCGCGCUCCGGCCUGCUGCAGUCGGCCGUCGUGUCGCUCUACGUCAUGUACCUCACCUGGUCCGCGCUCUCCAACUCCGUCGGCGAGUGUAACGCCAGCUUUACCGGUGACAAACAGGAAUCUAAAGAAGAUCUAUAUUGGUCGUCAUUCGACAAGCAAUCUAUCAUCGGGCUUGUUAUAUGGGUGCUCAGCGUGUUAUACUCUAGCAUUCGCACGGCGUCCUCUUCGUCCAAGAUAACAAUGUCCGACCAUAUUCUUGCUAAGGAAGGCUCUGGAGGUCAAGGAGGGCUCAUUGCUAAUGAAGAAGGCGACGGAGGCGAGGCCGGCCGCGAGGAGACCAAGGUGUUCGACAAUGAGGGAGAUGACGUCGCUUACUCUUGGACCUUCUUUCACAUCGUGUUCGCGCUUGCCACGCUGUAUAUCAUGAUGACACUCACCAAUUGGUACAACCCGAGUUCCCAGCUAUCGAAGGAGAAUGCGGCGUCCAUGUGGAUCAAGAUCACAUCGUCGUGGCUCUGCGUGGGCCUCUACGUAUGGACCCUGAUCGCGCCCGCAGUCCUUCCCGACCGCGACUUCAGUUAAGAAAAUCUAUAUUUUGUUCAUCUUCAAAUUUGAGAUUCACUAUGUAGUCUUUAUGUAGUUUCCAUUGUAAUCGUGUCUAUGGAUCUCAUUUCUAAAAACACAUUUGAUUUUGAUUAUUAAAAAUGUUAAAUUAUAAUCUCGCGUCACAAGUGUAUCCCUUAGCUAUAAUGUCUAUGUGUAAUGUUGUUUGGUUCUUAAUUGCACUUUUAAAUCGCGUUCUAGAAGCUGGCAUCUACAUAAUAUUUAAUUACUAGUAUUUCUACUUAUUUAUGUUCAUUAUCUUCAUUCUUGUGUAUAGUAUAUGAGUCUAUAAUCUGAAUCCCUCUGCUGGCUAAAGAGAGCCUGAGAAAUUGUUAACUCUGUAAUUCACUAACUGGAGAAUUAUUUAUUCUUCUCUAAUUUAUGUGAAAUGUUUUAGUACUAUUCUUUGUCUUUGCUGUACAUUGACGCCAGCUUUAUUUGUGUAAUCUACCCGAAUCCAAUUGAAAGCUUUAAAUAUUGCAUAUAUGUAAGACCAACAAGUUUUAAUUAAAUUUGUCUUAUUGUAAACAAUUUUUCUUUAUAAAUGUGCUAGUAAAGUUAUUAGUUUAUAGCGAAA